AUGGCGGUGGCCAAACCAACCUGGGCUGCCAGCGUUGUGAGGCUUCUGGGCCUGAGCCGAUUUCCUAGGCCCGACGAGGUGCGACCUUCAGUAGAGCGGAGCGUUGAUGUGGCGAAGCUGGUGAGGAGACUGCAGCAGGAGAACCGAGCAGAUGUGAUUUGCAGCCUCUUCAAUGCCAUGAUUGAGGAGACCAGUACGCUGGACGGGCCUCAUUUUACCUUGGCAAUCUCUGCAUGUGCAAAGUCAAGCCUAUGGGCACAGGCCCUCUCCCUCCUCAACAGUAUCCCAGCGGUGCGGAUGGAUCCCAACAUCUUUCAUUUCUCUGCAGCGGUCAGCGCUUGUGAGAAAGCCUCCCAGUGGCCAAGGGCUGUGGAGCUACUCCGUUUCAUGUGGCAGAGCUCGGUGCCGCCCAACCUGGUGACCUUUGGGGCAGCCGUGUCCGCCUGCGAGAAGGCGGGUGAGUGGACGAAGGCGCUGCAGCUCAUGGAGGCCUUGGAGAGCACCCGGCUCCAUGGAGAUGUCGUCCUCUACAGUGCUGCCAUCAGCUCCUGCGAGAAGGGCACCCAGUGGCUCCAGGCCUUGGCCUUGUUGCAGUGGAUGUCCAGCGCCCAGUGUUUGCCCAACCGGGUCUCCUUCAGCGCAGCGAUCUCUGCCUGCGAAAAGGCCUGGCAGUGGCAAUGGGCGCUGCACCUGUUCCGCGCGAUGCCUGCCGCAGGACUGGCGCCGCAGGCCAUCAGCUUUAGCGCGACGAUCAGUGCCUGUGAGAAAGGUGAACAAUGGCCCUUUGCUUUGCAGUUGCUGCGCGAGAUGUCAUCGGCCCAGUUGGCUUACGAUGUGUUCUGCUGCAGUGCGACCAUCAGCGCCUGUGAGAAGGGCUCACAGUGGCUCACGGCUUUGGACCUCUUGGAGUUGAUGCAACGGCAGCAGGUGUCUCCCAACCUCAUCAGCUACACUGCAGCCAUCGCAGCAUGUGCACGUGCUCAGCAAUGGAGGUACGCCUUACAUCUCUUUGAUGUAAUGAGGCAGCGGCAGAUUUCUGCAGACCAUAUUUGCCGCAACUUGCUGCUUCAAUGCAUGUCGAACCAAAAAAUCUACGAACUGUUCAAGUCUUCGAAGGGCGAAGAGUGA